AUGGCUCUUCUAGUUGACAAACUGCGGCCGCGCACCCUCGACUCCCUGACGUACCACUCAGACCUCUCCGAUCGCCUGCGCUCACUGGCCCAAAGCGGAGACUUCCCCCACCUACUAGUCUACGGACCCUCAGGAGCAGGAAAAAAGACACGGAUAAUUGCAACGCUGAAAGAACUGUACGGACCCGGAGUCGAAAAGAUCAAAAUCGACGCAAGAAUCUUCCAAACAACUAGCAACCGCAAACUAGAAUUCAACAUCGUCUCAUCAGUCUACCAUCUCGAAAUCACGCCCGCAGAUGUCGGAAACUACGACCGAGUUGUGGUCCAAGAAUUGUUGAAGGAAGUCGCACAGACGCAGCAGGUCGACCUGGGCGCAAAGCAACGAUUCAAGGUUGUCGUUAUCAACGAGGCUGACCACCUCACGCGCGAUGCUCAGGCAGCUCUCCGACGGACUAUGGAGAAGUACAGUCCUAAUCUGCGGCUGAUCCUUUUGGCCAACAGUACUUCCAAUAUCAUUGCUCCUAUUCGUUCGCGAACCCUGCUGGUCAGGGUUGCUGCACCUACAGUCAAUGACAUCUGUGCAGUCCUUGGUGGGGCUGCGAAGAAGGAGGGGUGGACUGAGGCUGAGGGGCUUCAUAUGAGAAUUGCGAAAGAGAGUGGGAGGAAUCUGCGCCGAGCUCUGCUUAUGUUUGAGUCAAUUCAUGCACAGAAUGAAAAGGUUACAGACAAGAGCCUCAUCCCGCCUCCAGAUUGGGAGGCCCUUGUUACUCUUACAGCCGAUGAGAUAUUGGCCGAACGAUCACCGGCUCGGCUGUUGCAGGUUCGCGCACGUCUUUAUGAUCUCUUGACUCAUUGCAUUCCUCCCACGACUAUCCUGAAAACACUGACAUUCAAGCUUGUUGCACGUGUCGACGAUGCGCUUAAGCCUGACGUUAUCAAAUGGUCUGCCUUUUAUGAGCACCGCAUCAAGCUAGGAAGCAAAGUCAUCUUCCACCUCGAAGCAUUUGUGGCCAAGUUCAUGCGCAUCUAUGAAAGUUACCUGAUGGGAAUGGAUUUCUAA